AUGUCUGCUCAAACUCACACUCUGCCUCCUCUCCCCUACGCCUACGAUGCGUUGGAGCCCGUCAUCUCUAAGCAGAUCAUGGAGCUGCACCAUCAGAAGCACCACCAGGCAUACGUCAACAACCUGAACGCAGCACUCUCCGCUCAAGCAUCCGCAACUGUAUCAAACGACGUCCCCACCUUGAUUGCACUGCAGCAAAAGAUCCGCUUCAAUGGCGGCGGCCACAUUAACCACACCCUGUUCUGGAAGAACCUGACUCCCCCCGGCACACCUGGGAAUGACAUCGGCGGCGCACCCACUCUGCGUGAAGCCAUCGUCUCUCGCUGGGGAUCGCACGAAGGCUUCGUCAAGGCUUUUAACGCCGAGCUGCUCGGUCUCCAGGGAAGCGGCUGGGGAUGGCUAGUGAGCAAGGGUGGUGCCAAGGGACGACUUGAGAUUGUUACGACCAAGGAUCAGGACCCUGUCAAUGGACCUGAUGUGCCAGUCUUCGGUGUUGAUAUGUGGGAGCAUGCCUACUACCUCCAGUACCUGAACAACAAGGCUGGCUAUAUCGAGGGGAUUUGGAAGAUCAUCCACUGGGCAGAAGCAGAGAAGCGCUACACUGCUGGUGUUGAGAACCCACUGAAGCUGUGA